GGGCAGCGCGGGACGCGGCGGAGCUGCCUAUCGCCAUGGGCGGUGGGUGCCGGGCCCGGGCCCCCCCGGCCGCGCUGCGGCUUCUCGUCGCCCACGCGAUGCUGCUCUGCGCCGCCGGGAGCGCCGCGGCCGCCGGCACCGUUAACCCGUGCUGCUAUUAUCCCUGCCAGCACCAAGGCGUGUGUGUGCGGGUUGGACUGGAAGGCUAUGAGUGCGACUGCACGCGGACGGGGUACUUCGGGGCCAACUGCACCUCACCUGAGCUCUGGACGCGCCUACGUGACCUGCUGAAGCCCAGUCCCACCUUCUACCACUUUGUCCUCACCCACUUCAGGUGGUUCUGGGACAUCAUCAACAGCACAUUCAUCAGAGACACGCUGAUGAGGCUCGUGCUCACAGUUCGCGCCAACCUCAUCCCCAGCCCUCCCACCUUCAACUCCCAGUACGGCUACAUCAGCUGGGAGGCCUACGCCAAUGUCAGUUAUUACACCCGCAUCCUCCCGCCGGUGCCGGAGGAGUGCCCCACACCCAUGGGGACCAAAGGGAAGCAGCAGCUCCCCGAUGCCCAGCUGCUGGCUCAGCGCUUCCUGCUGCGGCACAAAUUUGAAGCUGACCCCAGGGGCACCAACUUGAUGUUUGCCUUCUUCGCUCAGCAUUUCACCCACCAGUUCUUCAAGACCUCCGGGAAGAUGGGACGUGGUUUCACCAAGGCGCUGGGGCACGGGGUGGACCUGGGGCACCUGUAUGGGGACAACCUGCAGCGGCAGCACCAGCUGCGGCUCUUCCAAGAUGGGAAGCUCAAAUUUCAGGUGGUGAACGGGGAGGUGUACCCACCGUCUGUCACCGAGGUGCCGGUACACAUGGUCUACCCACCCGCCAUCCCCAAGGAGAAGCAGCUGGCAAUGGGGCAGGAGGUGUUCGGGCUGCUGCCAGGGCUCUGCAUGUAUGCCACGCUCUGGCUGCGUGAGCACAACCGUGUCUGUGACAUUCUGAAGCAGGAGCAUCCCACCUGGGGCGACGAGCAGCUCUUCCAGACAGCGCGGCUCAUCCUCAUCGGGGAGACCAUCAAGAUCGUCAUUGAGGACUACGUCCAGCACCUCAGCGGGUACUUCUUGAACCUCAAGUUUGACCCUGAGCUGCUGUUCGAGCAGCAGUUCCAGUACCGGAAUCGCAUUGCGGUGGAGUUCAACCAGCUCUACCACUGGCACGCGCUGAUGCCCGACUCCUUCACCAUCCAGGGACAGGAGUACAGCUACGAGCAGUUCCUCUACAACACCUCCAUGCUCAUGGACUAUGGCGUGGAGGCCCUGGCGGAGUCCUUUUCCAUGCAGACUGCAGGAAGGAUCGGUGGGGGGCAAAACAUUAAUGCCAAUGUACUGGGAGUGGCUGUUGGAGUCAUUGAGGAGUCGAGGCAGCUGAGGCUGCAGCCCUUCAAUGAGUACCGGAAGAGGUUUGGCCUGAAGCCCUACACAUCCUUCCAGGAGCUCACAGGAGAGGAGGACAAGGCAGCAGAGCUGGAGGAGCUGUAUGGAGACAUCGACGCUCUGGAGUUUUAUCCAGGAUUGCUGCUUGAGAAACCCCAACCCAACGGCAUCUUUGGGGAAAGCAUGGUGGAGAUUGGCGCUCCAUUUUCACUGAAGGGACUUCUUGGGAACCCCAUCUGCUCCCCAGAGUACUGGAAGCCCAGUACCUUUGGUGGAGCAACCGGCUUCGAGAUCGUCAAGACAGCAUCCCUGGAGAAACUCGUGUGCCUCAACGUGAAGAAGUGUCCGUACGUGGCGUUCCAUGUGCCGGAUGCUGCAGCAGCAGGUGAGACUGACAGCGGCCAUGCAGGUGGAGCAUCAUCCACAGAGCUGUAGCAGCAGCACAGCCCACACAGGCAGCGCUGGGGGUGGGGCUCUGCCCAUCCCGUGCCAGCAGAGCGUCCUGCCCUGGGUGGGCUCUGGCUGUGCCCCACAUCAGCAGGGAGAGGCUGGUGUUCACCUUGGGAAGAGCUCGAGUGCCUGAGGAGACCUCAGCAGACCUAAUCUUCCUACUGCUGCCUCGCACUAAGCCGGCUUUGGAGCUCUCUUGGUAAAUCCCAGCGCCCCAGGAUGCUCCUGGCCUCCUCUCUGCUCCUCUCCCUCAGCUGCCACUGCCCACUCCUGCUGUGGGGCAUCGCACUCCAGAGAGCACACAGCACACGGAGCCUUCCCAGCCUCAUUGGGGAGGAUGUGCUGCAGAUGCGCUGCAGGCUGUGCUCUCACCUGGUUCUCCACAGCAACCCCUCUCCGCCCUCCAUCCUGCCUGGCACUGGACAGAGGGUGACCAUGCCAGCUGCCCAGCCCUGGGGAGCUCCCAGAGCCCUGUUCCCCCACCUUGCACUGCUGUCCUGGCACACAGCAGGCUGCUCUGAGCUAUCUCUGUGCACAUCACCCUAUAAAUACUCGCCUGCCCCCUGCUCACUGCACUUUCCUGCAUCAGUAGCUCAGUAAACAAUGUUCUGAAGGCACACUGCCUGCUUUACCUGCUCCACAGCACAUGCAGACAUAAGCCCUCACCAAAAUCAUGACGUGAUCACUGGCAGCCAGAGCCGCUGGCCUUGGUCCCAGCCAGAUCCCAGAAAAUGGACCUCUAAAAUAAACAAUAUUAAAAACCACUCUCAUUUCCUCCAAGUUCUCAGGCUCUCGCAGUGCAGACAGGCCAAGGCAGGUGCCCGGGACCAGGUGGAGCUGGGGAAGGCUCAGCAGCUCUCACACCAGGUGCAGGGAUUUCCUGGGUCCCAGCCCUGGCUGCAGUUCCCGUGGUUGGGUGGCAGCACACUGUCAGACAGAGCAAACGGCACCCAGUGGGAGCAGCACACGGCCAAGGGCUGCUGCCAUAUCCCCAGACAGCACCAUGCACUGUGAUCUGUGCUCUGUGCACUUCCAGUGUCACACUGGCAGAGCAUGCCGGGGAUCCCGCUGUGCGCAGGGCUCCAGCUCCAAGCAUUGUCCUUGUUUCAGUUAGGCCAUAAGUAUCCUGCUUUUGGUUGUGGCUAUCACAGCCAGCCAGUGUUGUUUGUUACCAGCUGAUAAGCGUGCUGGCCAUUGGGCACACAGAGAGCUGUCUCAGUGCUCUGUGCCACCAAGGGGACGUUUCCCCAGGAACAGCACAGCCCCCCCGUGCCCUUUGCUGGUCCUUCAGCCCCGUGUCCAGCAUCUCUGAGGAGCGCAGCAGCAGUGUGUGCCUGCAGGCUGAUGUGCACAGGAGAGCACUGUGCUGUGCAUGCAGUGUGAGGAGCAGAAAGGACAACAUCUGCCUUUGUUGGUGUGACCUUUGGAGUAAUGAUUCACUGAGCACGAAAUGACCAAUGUGGACACCAGGAGGAAGAGAUCCGCUGCCUCAGCGCUUUUAAUAGUAAUUCUCUUUUUGGUGUUCCUACAAAUAAACCCCCAGCGCUCUGAAGGGGAUGUGAUGUGGCUGUAGCACCAGAACAGAUGGCCAGAAGGAGAUGCACAGCCCAGCAGAGGAGCUGCUGCCUUCCUCCAGCUCCACGGGCAGACACAGGACUAAGCAGAGCUGUGCGCAGAAAACAGAACACAGAAGGGACAGAUUACAAACACAGCACACGUAACGUGGCAGCAGAAAGAAGUGUUGCUCACCAAACCUUCACCACGCAUUAACUUACUGUCCUAGUUCAGAUGUGCAAACCAGGCUAAGGAUCUGAAAACUUUUAAAGGCAAUAAAUACCGACCUUGUUUUCCA